AUGCUGGCCGCGGGCGUGCGGGCGCGGGCGGCUUGGUGGCUGCGGGGCUCGCUGCGGCGGGCGGCCCCCGAGGCCCGGGCGUCCUGCGUUGGGCGUCUCGGGCCGGAGCCCGCGGCGGGAGCGCGGGCGCUGUCCUGCGCGCGCCCCCCGGCCGGGGACGCGCGGGAUGGGCCCCCCGCGGGAGGGCGCGCGGAGCCGGGCGCGGGCCGGGGGUCGGCGGGGGACGCGCCCUUCCGGCCCGGGGAGCUGGUCCUGGCCGAGGCGGGCCGGGGGGACGCUCGCCGCCUGCGGUUGUUCCGGCUGAGCCCCGACGGGCACUUCAACAGCAGCUGGGGCACCGUCUGGCACCGCGACGUGCUGGGGCGGCUGCCCGGCCAGGUGGUGCGCAGCUCGGCGGGCCGGGAGCACCUGCUGCGGAGGCCGGCGCUGGAGGACUACGUGCUGCUGAUGCAGCGGGGACCUGCCAUCGCGUACCCCAAGGAUGUGAGUAUGUUGCUCUUGAUGAUGGACAUCUGCCCAGGUGAUACUGUCUUGGAAGCUGGCUCCGGCUCUGGUGGAAUGAGCCUGUUUUUAUCCAAAGCAGUUGGACCACAAGGAAGAGUUAUAAGUUUCGAAAUACGAAAAGAUCACCAUGAAUUGGCUAAGAAGAAUUACAGACAUUGGCGUGAUUCAUGGAAGAUAAGUCAUGCAGAAGAAUGGCCAGAUAAUGUGGAAUUUAUUCAUAAGGAUAUUUCCAGAGCAACGCAGGACAUCAGAUCCUUAAUAUUUGAUGCGGUAGCUCUGGUUAUGUUGAAUCCUCAAGUUGCUUUGCCUGUGUUUUACCAAAAUCUUAAACAAGGUGGUGUAUGUGCUUUAUAUCUAGCAAACAUCACACAGGUUAUCGAACUUUUAGAUGGAAUUCGAAUCUCUGAACUUGAUCUCUCAUGUGAAAAGAUAAGUGAAGUCAUAGUCAGAGAUUGGUUGGUUUGCCCUGUUAAACAGAAAAAUGGAAAUUUACCCCCAAAAGUGGAGCCUAAAAGCCACAUAGAUCUACAGUCAAAUUCUAUGAAACCUGAAGAUGACAGUUUUCAUGAAGAUGACCAUGCAGAGGAAUCACAUUAUGAUUUUCCAUACGGAUCAGUUCCCUAUAUUGCUAGACCUAUACACUGGCAAAUUGGUCAUACAGCUUUUCUUGUCAAGCUGAGGAAGUUCAAACCGCAGCUUAAUGGAGCAUCACCCUCGGAUGACAGAAUCUGAUUUGAAGAUGGAAGAGUAUCAAAACAGAGCUUUAAAUUAUAAACCAUUACUUUCAUAUAUUGGAAUUUUUAGCUAUUAAUAUAUUUAUAACUUUUACAUAUAAUUAAUUAUGAAGUAUGAAAGGAACAGAAAGUUGCAUAACACUUCAAAACUGUUAAUGUCCCUUUGAGACUUGUCUUGCAGUUAAUUUGACAUUUGUAGUUAUGAUUUUAACUUGGUUUAGUUGCAUCAUCUCAUUCUUCACUUCCUGUAAACCACUCCAUAGAUUUGUCAUUCUCCAUGAAAUUAAUUUUCUUUUCUUUCUUUGAUUGAUGGUCACUGGCUACCAAAAUAAAAUAUUCAUUUUAAGAAAAGAUUUUUGUAUUGUAAAUAGAUAUGUGAAUGGCUUGCGUGUAUCUCAAAAUAAAAAUCUGU